CCCACGACAAUAAAGUUCUGACCGCAGCAUCAGCAGCAGCAGUAAUUCCAACCCGGCAGUGUAUCACAUGUGAGUUAUCCGCCGAGAAACGGUGUGUUGUGAUUUGUGAUCUGUACGAGAAAAAGUAAAGGUGCAAAGAGGCGGAAAAAAGAUCUGUUGUAAUUACUAAGUCGGUGUGCAUCAACAAAGAGCUGAUUACUAAAGAGUUAAGCACACAUCGAACACCCCCAGUGAUGGACGUGGAAUCCGAAGGCGUUCAGCCGGUCAAUGGGACCGGGAACGGCCACUCGAACUUUGCCAUCGAUAUGAGCAGUGACGAUGCACACUUGGAUUCGCUGAAUGCCCGGCGGAGGAUGUUCAUGUCACAACCCUCAACGGUGGCCAUCCGCCGGCAGCAAGCCGUCUGCGUUCGGCGAGCACACAAAAUCUACGGCACCAAGAAGAACCCGAAUGUCAUCCUUGACGGACUCAACAUGACUGUGCCAAAAGGUUCCAUAUACGGUCUGCUGGGAGCUUCGGGUUGCGGUAAAACCACUCUGCUCUCCUGUAUCGUCGGACGGCGGCGUCUGAAUUCCGGUGAAAUCUGGGUCCUCGGUGGACGACCCGGAUCGCGGGGGUCCGGCGUGCCCGGACCACGCAUCGGUUACAUGCCACAGGAAUUAGCUCUCUAUGGGGAAUUCACCAUCCGUGAAACGCUUAUCUAUUUCGGUUGGAUUUGUGGUUUAACCGUCGACCAGGUGGAUGAAAAAACUGACUUUUUACUGAAACUACUUCAGCUGCCGAACGCUUCGCGGUUCGUGAAAAACCUUUCGGGUGGACAGCAGCGACGAAUGAGUCUAGCCGCCGCCCUAUUGCAUUCACCUGAACUCCUAAUUCUGGACGAACCAACUGUCGGCGUGGAUCCGGUGCUGCGGCAAAGCAUCUGGGAUCAUCUGGUAGAAAUAGUAAAAAACAGCAACACUACGGUAAUCAUCACGACCCAUUACAUCGAAGAAACCCGACAAGCCCACGUGAUCGGACUGAUGCGCGGUGGAAAGUUCCUGGCCGAAGAAUCACCAGCCGACCUGCUUGCCCAGUACCACGCCGAAUCGCUGGAGGAUGUGUUUCUCAAACUGUCCGUCAUGCAGAACAUGGGCAAACGGCGCCGGUCUUCGAUCGCACAAGAGGUGGUGGAGGCGAUUCGCGUUCCUGCCAUCGCGAACCCUGCGCUGGACCUCUCCCCCGAGGAAGACCACGGGGAAAUUUCCGGCGAGUUCGGUGACAACAUUUCCAUGUCCUCGCGUGGUCCCGACUCGAUCACACCAGAAAUCCAAGCUCCUCCGCUACCUCCGGAAGAGGAUGCCAAAGUUCCCUUCAUCGAGCACUUCAAGAUCCUGAAACCAAACCAUAUGCGGGCUCUGAUUUGGAAAAACUUUCUCUGGAUGUGGCGAAAUGUUGGUGUUAUGGCUUUCAUCAUUGGACUACCGGUGGGACAAAUCGUACUCUUCUGUUGGGCUAUCGGGCAUGAUCCGGUGGGGUUGAAAGUAGCGGUCGCAAACUAUGAAUUAGAGCAGGCAAACCUCUCGAUAGCAUCCUGUCCGGUUAAUCCUGGUUGUAACUACACGAUGUUGAGUUGUCGUUAUCUGGCGAAUUUACGGAAUCGGAGUAUAGAUGUGCAACUAUUUGAAAACGAGUAUGAUGCGAAUGAUCAGGUUGCUCAUGGGAAAGCCUGGGCGUCGAUGGUUUUUGCCCAUAAUUACUCCGAAGCACUGUUUCAGCGGUCCGAAAACAUUCGGAAAGUCAGCGAAUGGACACUGGACAAGUCCAGCGUUAUUGUUAGCAUGGAUAUGUCAAAUCAACAGAUCGGAACGCUUUUAUAUCGGGAUAUCCAGUAUGCAUACUUCUCAUUCAUCGAAAGCAUCCUCACGGACUGCGAUGUGAACCCCUCGAACGGACGGUUACCGAUCCAGUGGAAUCAACCGGUCUACGGUGAACGAACGCCAAACUUUACCGAUUUCGCAGCACCUGGAGUAAUUCUAACCAUCAUAUUUUUCCUCUCGGUGGCGUUGACCUCCGGAGCGAUGUUAAUCGAACGUAAUGAAGGCAUCCUGGAGAGGUGUUUGGUAUCCGGCAUCACCGGAGUGGAGAUCCUGUUCUCCCACGUGACGACCCAAUUCCUAGUGAUGUGUGGUCAGACCACACUGGUUAUCCUGUUUAGCUUUUACGUGUUCGACAUUACCAACCGAGGUGAAAUAGUGUGGGUCGUUCUGCUGACCAUCCUGACUGGCCUGUGCGGGAUGUGCUUCGGAUUUGUUGUGUCCUGUUCCUGCGACAACGAACGCUCAGCCACCUACCUGGCGAUGGGAAGCUUCCUGCCCAUUGUGAUGCUGUGCGGUAUCAUUUGGCCAAUCGAAGGGAUGCAUCCGUUGGUGAAAAUUUUCUCCGUUUUCUUACCGCUGACCAAAUCUACCGAAUCGCUCCGCUCUAUGCUGCAACGUGGGUGGCACAUCGAGAACCCUAACGUGUACAUUGGGUUCGCAUCCACCGGCACGUGGAUUGUGAUCUUUCUAGCCAUUAGUAUACUGUUGCUCAAAUUCAAGAAAGGCUAAGCCUGUGUAUUUUAUGACAGUUGAAGGCUUUUUCUAGAAUCUAGUUUGUACGGUACUAGUUAAGAAUAAGAAAGUGGCGAAUUUUUUAUUGUGUUAGUUAGAUUCAAAAAUGUAUACUACAGUGAGGAGAGGACUGAUGGUAAUGUUUACAUUUUUUUUCUUAUGUUGUAAGAUAGGACAAACAAUUCAGUGUAUAUAACCCAACCGGGCAUCUAAUUUAUAGACACCAACUCUCUCUCUGAUCGUAGAUUAGAUUGAUUACUUUUCAAAUAACUUCUUUGUGAUGGGCUAGUAAAGAACACCUUGUUCUCGUUACCAAACUGCGCUCAAUGGAGCGCCCUCUAGUAAUAUGUAAAAUCAUUGAAGGGAGACGGUGUGAAUCAUUAUUGCACGAUUCUUCCUCGGAAGUAAUAAAGCGCGUCGUUGAUU